GAGGGGAAGCUAAUGAACACAAUACGGACCAACCUACAGAGAGCCUUACCGAGUGGAGAUCUACUUCUGGGUGUGACCAAGGUCCGCAGCAUGCUGAUCAAAGAUGUGACAGUCCCAACAGGGGCCAGCAUCCGCAUCAAUAAUGGCCACGACUUCGAUGCAUCAUCGCCGGAGGACAUGAGGCGACGUCUGAAUGCCGUUCUUGAUCAGGACUUCUCAUAUCAUCUCCUCAAUCUCAACUGUGAGCACUUUGCCACCUUUGUACGCUACGGGAAAGCUGUGUGCAACCAGAUUCCUUUCAAAGCCAGCGAGUGUGAGGAGGCAACCAAAACCUUCCAGGAAACUGUCAACUCAUGGCAAGUUUAUUUAUAUAUCGCACCUUUGAGAAACAAGGCAAUUCAAAGUGCAUCACACAAGACAUGGAGAGCAUCAUGACAAAGAAAAAAAGAAACAUUAAAUUAGAACAUUAAAAAAAAUCAGUAAACAAACCAGCAACAAUCAC